AUUUCAAUCACGUGCUAAAGAAUCUUCUUAAAGUGGCUCGAAAGCUAAGGCACCCAUAGAUUUCGAGUAUAAACAAAGAGCGGUUAAAUACUGGAGAAGUUAAAAAAAGAAGAAAAUCUCUCUGUAAAAAAUGUAGCACAUCGAUUUAAAAAGGUGAAAUCGAGUCGACAAUUACGACGCUGGGCACACCAAAUAAAUAAAGGAGGAACAUAUAUGGAGAAAUUGAAACGUAUUUCGGAAUACACAUUGAAAAAUAUGAGAAAUGGUCUUGAUGCGGGAUUGAUCGUUCACGAUAUUGACUUACGGAUGUGGGCUGUGCAAGCACAGAAAGAAAUAGAAUUCGGAGACGUUCGGUUUACGGCUUUACCAUGGUGGCUACAUCAUUUUAAAAAGGCACACCGUAUUACAUCCCGGAAGAUUAAUAAAUUCAUUACGCGGAAAACAUUAGAGAAUCGAGAAGCUUCACAAAAACAAUCAGAAGAAUUCCUUCAGAAAGUUCAGUCUUAUUUCCCUACUUAUGGCCCAGAAAACAUCUAUAACUCUGAUCAGAGUUGUUUCCAAUUGGAGAUUCAUUCAGGGCGAACAUUAACUGAAGAAGAUAAUAAACAAGUCGCGCGUACAAUACAAUCGAUACCUUCAACAACACAUAGUUAUACGAUACAACCCACAAUUUCUCUCUUCCUGGUUUUGAAAGAACCUUCUGGAACUUUCGGCCCAAUAGUAGAACAGAAUGUUUUUAGACCAUCCAAUGUUUUCGUCACGGCUUCGAAAUCGGAGAGACUUACUUCAGAGUAUUUCAACACCUCGUUGAAGGAAGUAUUUUUCCCGAACGUAGAAUCUAAAAGUCUACUGUUGAUCGAUUCGUGGAGUGGGCACUGUCCUGAAACAGUUCAACAAGCAACUCGUCGAAAUGAAGAAUUAUUGGCUAUGUUGAUACCGAAGGGUACCACUGGCAAGGUUCAACCUCUCGAUCUGUAUGGUUUUAGAAUAUGGAAAAAUUAUGUCCGUCAUUUUUCAGAUAGGGUUACUCUUCUUGACUAUGACAUUAAUUUACAUUCAAGGAAUAAUAUAAUAAAGUUACAAUCUUUAGUUCGUAAUCAGUUAUCUUCACCAAGAUAUCGAAAUUUAUUUCGUUAUGCUCGGUUCCAGAGUGGUCAUAUUGUUAAGAAACCGGAUGAAUUUGAAAAUUCUGUUGAUUUGCAUUUUGGCAAUCCUCUCAUCCGCACUGUGACAUUGAAGGCUGUUCCAAUGGUGCAGUAGGGAGAUGCUCAUGGUGUAAAAAAUCACUUUGUUUACAUCAUUUUCUUAUGAAUACCAUUUUUGUAUGA